AUGUGGAACCAAACAAUCGAUGGGUUCAUGAUCAAGAUGGGAUUCAAGAAGUGCGAAUCGGACCACUGCAUCUACAUCAAGCGAGACGACCAAGACAUGAUUCUCGUGGUACUCUACGUCGAUGAUCUCAUCCUGGCCAGCAGCAACAACGAACUCCUCAAGUCAACCAAGAUGGCGCUGAGCAAACGCUUCGAAAUGACGGAUCUCGGUGAGCUCGAUUACUUUCUCGGCAUGGAGAUCAAGAACGACCGUAAGACGGGAAUGGUGACUGUACAACAAACCAAGUUCCUCAAGUCCGUGUUAACCAAGUUCGGAAUGGAUAACAGCAAGCCAGUGAAGACGCCUCAAGAUCCCGGCCUGAAGCUAACCAAGAACAUGUGUGAACAAGAAUGCAAGCACGAAGACACCAUGUGCAACGUGCCAUAUCGAAGUGCUGUCGGAGGCAUCAUGUAUCUCAUGGUCGCCACACGUCCGGAUCUAGCUGCUGCAGUGGGAUCAUUAUCCCAGUUCUCGUCCGACCCAUGCCCGACUCACUGGCAAGCUUUGAAGCGUGUGCUGAGAUACCUGCAAGCAACGCCCAAUCAUGGUCUUGAGUUUACACGUGAAGAAGGAAGCCGUAUCUGCGGGUACACCGACGCAGACUGGGCCGGCGACAUUGAGUCAAGACGAAGUACAAGCGGCUAUGUGUUCAUGAUGAGCGGAGGAUGCAUCAGCUGGAAAAGCCAGAAACAACGGACGGUCGCGCUAUCUUCAACAGAAGCAGAAUACAUGGCGCUUUCCGAAGCAACCAAAGAAGCAGUAUGGCUCAAAGUGCUUUUGGGGGAACUUGGUGAGAUGACAAGCGACGAAGCGAUCAAGAUGUAUGAAGACAACCAAGGAUCAAUCGCUCUCGCCAAGAACCCGGAGUUCCAUAAGAGAACAAAACACAUCGACAUACGCUACCAUUUUGUGCGUGAGAAGGUGGAAUCAGGUGAAGUCGUUUUGGAGUAUUGCCCGACUCAAGAUAUGCUGGCAGACAUGAUGACCAAGCCGAUCGCCGCUGUACAAUUUGAAAACAUUCGCGAUCGACUUGGGAUCCAAGGUGCCGCAGCUAACGAGUCGAGAGGGAGUGUUGAAAAGACAGCGGCUGUGAAGAAGACACCUCGUCAAGCUGCGUCAAGUGUUGAAGCAAGUGGAAGACCAAGCUUCGCUAUACCGGUGGGUACCGGUAUGUACCAGUAA